AUUGUGAAAAUGAAAUUUCAACGAAAUAAAUCAAAUAAAUUUUAUUUAAAACUAUAUACAAAUGUCUAAAUAUAACAACACGUUACCUGCUGGUUUUGAAGAUGACGACGAAGUUGAGGACUUUGAUUAUUACAUGACACAGUGUUCGAACUCAAGUUCAAACCAGCCCGUUAAUCUUUCCAGCCAAUUGCAGAACACAAAUGGUGUGAAAAUCAUUCCGAACGUACCGACAGGUGUUGGAGCAGGUCUAAACAAAUCUAACUUCAACAUACAGUUAGAUGCCAACGCUCAGAAAUGGUUUGAUCGCAUCCAUCAAUAUUGGAAACAGUUCAAAAAAUCUCCAGUUUUAUCAAAUGACAUCCAGAAGUUUUAUGCUGGCUCAUCGAAUCCUUUCGUUCAUGCUUUAAUGUUCUUCGCUAAUACAAAUGACCAUUUGAUUCCAAAAAGCAACACGUUUGCUUUCACAAUACUCGAGGAACUUUUAAAUUUCAAGAAAUCUACAAAUUUAGAUACAAAAUCAUUAUUAGAUGACAACAUUAAAAUGGUCGCAUUCAAUUUCGUUUACAAAAGUGGACAAACGACAACUUUCAAAUUAGUUGUUGAAAUAUUUGAGUUGGUGAAAUCUAAGAAAUUAUUUGUAUCGAAAAUUAAGGAAUUAAUCGCUGCCAAGCAAUUCAAGGAUGCUGGACAAAUUGCCUGUGAUCUGAAACUGUUCAAUGAAUUCACAAUGGAAGAUUUUCUAAUUCCUUUAAUUCUCGAAGAUAAGUUAGGAAUAUUUGAAGAUUAUUUGGAUAAAGCUGAACAUUUACGAAUGCCAACAAUCAAACUUCUCGACAGUUUCCUUCAUCGUGAUACGACAGUUAGACAAAUGUGUGAUAGAUUCAUUGCUAAAUAUGAUCUUAAAGAUGUCAAAUAUGAGAAACUUCAUAAGAAGCCAAUCAGCAAACUCAUAAGUCGACUUACAAAGAAAUAUCAAUUGCCAGACGAAAUCGCACCAAAUAUGAAGAAACAUAAAGAAUUUGGUUCACUUCACUUCAUUCUCCGAAAAAAUUACAUUGAAAAGAGUUUAAAUAAAGCUUCUUUCGAAGAAAUGGUUAAAGAUACGAUUGGAAAGGAGAAUAAAGAUUUACAAGUUGAAUUGGUUCACACAUGUUUGACUUAUGGCUCUAAAGACGAUGCUGUUGAUUGGACGAAUUAUUACGAAAUUCCUUUGGAAAAAGUUCCACCAAUUGUUAGAGAUACAAUUCUUGGAAUUGCUGAGAAGCCUAAAAUCGAUUCGGGAUGGGAUGACGAAAAUGACGAUAAUGAAAAUAGUGAUAAAGAUAAUGAAAAUGUUUCAAUAACACCACAAAAAUCUAAAGAAAAAGUUGAAGAAAUUCACACUUUGCCACUUGAUCCUUCAAGAAUUGUCGUGGUCAACACAAUUCCUUUAUAUCGAACUAUGAUAAAUGAUUUAAGUUCGACGAAAAUGAUUGCAUUUGAUACUGAAUGGAAGCCAACAAUUCUCUCAUGCAACAACGUCAGUCUUAUUCAACUUGCACAUCGUGAUUUGAUUUAUCUUGUUGAUGUGAUUACUUUGACGCAAGAAAAAAUGUGUGAUGAAGAUUGGGGACUGCUUGGCAAAUGGAUCUUUAAUAACGAUGAAAUAUUGAAGCUUGGCUUUGCACAUUCAACUGACAUUUCAAUGUUGAUGAAGUUUCAACCUUUAGGCAUUCAAAGCAGUCAACAAUCAUCACAUUCGUACCUGGAUUUGCAAGGAUUGUGGCAGAAAGUUUCCAACUUUCCUGAUUUUAAAUUUCCUUUUCAUGAUGACGAUCUUCCAUCUCACAGCUUAAGUAAUUUAGUGAAGUUGUGCUUUGGCAAGAAAUUGGAUAAAAGUAAUCAAUUCAGUAAUUGGCAGCAACGUCCACUUCGUGAUGAACAAAUUUUAUAUGCAGCACUUGAUGCUUAUUGUUUAUUUGAAAUUUAUGAUGUGAUUGGAAAUGUGAUAAGCAACAUGGGAAUUAAUUUCGAUCAACUUAUUGACAACAUUCUCAUCGAGAAUAAAAAGCAAAUUGCAUCGAUGACCAAGAAGGAAUCUCGUCAACAAAAACAUUCGCAGAUUGUUGAACAAAUUCAAAUUAUUCGAAAACCAGUCAAUGUUAAUGAAAUUCGUUUUGUGACUGAUUUUAUGAUUGGAUCGAUUGGAAGAUUGUUAAGACAAAUUGGAGUCGAUACAAUCAUCCUGAAAGGAGAUUCGGCUGAUCAUGACGAAUGCAUUAAAUAUUCACAACGAGACGACAGAAUUAUUCUCACUGCCAGUCAACAAUUAUUUAUCAAUCGCUACAACAAACAUGCAAAGCAUGGCAACACGUUCCUGAUCAAUAAACAUCACAAUGAACUUGAAGGACUUCAGGAAGUUGUUAAACAUUUUAAAAUUAAUGUGAAACGUUUCAAUGUAUUCAGUCGAUGUAUGAAUUGUAAUUGUGAUGAAUUUCUUGUCGCUUCAAAACUUCAAAUGAUUAAACUUAAAUUUGAUGUCGUUUCUGAUAUUCCUGAUGAACUUCAAAAAUUCUUUAAAGAUCCUGAACAGUUUGAUAGAAUUGAAUUUCCUGAAUUUAAACGUUUAUCAAAAUGGACACGAUACGCUGGACAAACAAUGACGAAAAAUAAAACAAAUAUCAAAGCAAUGAUGGCUGAUGGAACUUUGAGAGUAUUUCAAACCUUUUACAUCUGCGAAUUGUGUACAAAGAUUUAUUGGGAUGGUGGACAUUAUCAUAACAAUUGUGGUGGAAAACUCGACUUCAUUUUUAAUCUUUUUCCUGAAGCUGAAAUCGAGAAGAAAUGAAGAAAAAGUUUGUGAUUUUUAAUGAUGUAACAAAUGAAAACAAUAGAAAUGUUUAUUGUGAUUCUGAUCAUGAAAUUGACGAUAAAAGAAAGAAAGAAAUAAACGAAAACUAAACAACAAUGAAAUGUUUACUCAUUUGACUAUCAAAUAAAAUUUUAUGAUUUGGAAUUAAGAAGCGUCGAAGCCCACGAAGGAUGCAAAUGUGGUCAACAUGUUGUUUAAAUAUUGGCAUAACGUCGUUCCAGAAUUCUUCAAAGUUCUUCUUGUCGGUGUAGUUUGAGACUUUCUCCAGAAGAAGUUUAUAUUGUGCGGGUAAAAAUGCUCUUUUCAUCUAAUUUAAGAAGUCGCUUCGAUCAACGGGAACUUCUUGCUCAUAAAUUUCCUUACGAACUGUCACUGGUUCAUUGAUCAUCACAGAGCCAACUAGUGAAGUUUUAUUGUUGGGAACAAUCACAAAUUUACGUCGCUUACUCGCAUUUUCUUCAACUGAUUGUGGUGAUGUUUUAAGUAAGUUUUGAGAAGAACUUGCGACAACGCCAGUGUUGUUAAAGUCAAUUGUUGAAACGUCUUUACUAAGUCCACUGAAGAAAUUCUUCGGUUUUUCUUCUUUUUUUAUGAAACUUUUCAUUGCCUCAUAAUCAAUUGAACUUUGAUUAGAAUUGUUGCUGCCGCUUCCAUACAUUUCAUUAGAAUUUUCAAUUUUUAUUUGUCGUUUUAAAAUGUUGUUUAAUUUUUCUUUUGACUUCUGAUCUUCAAUUUUUAUCGUUUUCAAUUGCCAUUGAUCAGUUUUGAAGGUUUCGUUUGGCUUUGGAAGUGAAUCGCCGGCAUUACGGAAGAAUUUCACAAUUUCUUUGAUUAUCGGGCCGAAGGAAAACUUUUGUUGUGGUUGCUUAAGAUGCUCUUGAACCCAUCGUGAUAAUCCAUUCUUGUAAGUAUUAAAUCUUUGAUCACAUAAGAAAAUCGCUCCAUAAUCAUCUUUAUGUCGAAUAACUCGACCAAUUGCUUGAUUAACAGCACGAGUUGCGUCCAUAUUGUACCAACUUUGUGGAUCUUGCAGUUGAUUAACUUGAUUUCGAUUGAUUUGAAGAUAUUCCUUCUUAAGAACAACUCGUGGGUCCAUGUAAGGUGCAAAAGGCAGUCCAAUAAUUAUCACAGCUCGUCCAUUUUGAUCUUUGAAAUCCAAACCUUCCGACACUUUCCCUCUCAAUACUGCCAUGAAAAUUGCGCCCUUCGAUACUUUCACAGCGUUGUAAUAUUCAGCCAUGCACUCAUCAAAUUCUUCCUUUUUCCUUGGCUCAGUGAAAAUCGGUUUGACAUCAUUUAUGGCUUGCCACAUUCUCGUCUCAUUCCAAACUUCUUGAGUUUUGUUCAUCAAUGUGUAUGAAGGAAAGAAGACGAGAAGACCAUUCGGCGUGAAUUGUGCAAUUGUCUUGAUUGUCAAACCCAACGAAUGAAUGUAUUUAGGAUUGUCACGAUUCUGGAAGUUCGCAUUGAGAAUAUUUCCGUCAGGUCCUUGUGAAAUGAUCCGAGCGAGAAUUUGAUUUGGUUUAAUGAUGUGAGGAUUCUCAAGUUGGCACUUAACCGGCAAUGCAAGUUCACUGACGAGAGGUUUUAAGGGCGCUAACGUUCCACUUGUUAAAAUGAUGCUGUGAACAUUUCUAUUGAGAAGAUUUGACAUUCCAAACCCAGGAUUAAAGCACCAAUAAUUCAACACUUUGGCGUUGUUAUUCAAAGUCGAUUGAAUUGUUUUAGUUGACAACCAACCGUCACUUGUCGAACUGUUGGCGAAGUUUUUCUUCUUCUUUGGUUCUUCAAGUUCAACAUGAAGUCGAUAGCCUUUCUCUGUCGUUUCUUUCCAACCCUUUAAAUCUUGUGUCAUUGAACCGUAAACUGUAUUUAACAACUCUUCAAGUUUCACUAAUCCGUACCCUUUUCGAGCGAAUAUUUUUCCUGCUCCUGCUUUUGUAAGAAAUUCAAGAAGACUUCCAAUAAGAGCGAGAACUGAAUUGAAAGUUUCUUGAGUGAUUUGUGCGUUUAUGAGGAUUUCAAAAAUCUUUCCGCCAGGAAAAGUUCGUCCUUUUGUUGUGACUUGUGGAAUUUCAUCGAUUUGCUGUUCUAAUGCCAACACCAUUUCCUUCAAUUUAGCACAAUCUUCGACUGUAAAGUCGUGAGACUCUUCAUCGUCUUCCAUGAAACUUAAUCCAGCGUCUUCAUUCUUCUGUAAUUGCUUCAUAAUUGCAGUGAGAUCUUCAGCACAUGUUGCAAUGUCUGAAGAAGCAAUUUGUGCACUUG